CAAAAAAAGUUUGGACACCCCUGCUGUAGACUAAAAGAAGCAUUCAAACUUUUACCAGCAACAAGUCCAAAAGCCAGGUUCUGUUAUGGUACAGUGGCGUGUCAGUAUAUUUCUCUGAUUUGAUUUUGGACCAACAUAUGCUGCCUUCAGGACAUCUAUGCAGUUUCCAAUACGACAAUGCAAAUGACCAUGCCCCCUUUUGUGUCAGCCAGAGGACAGCUCAGCAUACGGCACAACCCUGCUACACGUGUGACCUGCCCAAUGAAGCUGUGCAUGGAGCAUGGGCUCUACACUGGUGAACCCCAUCUGCUCAAGGACCUUAACGUUGGAGCAGAGACACAGUUGAUGGAAAUGUUCCAGAAGUCACAGGAGUUACAGACAGAGCCAAUUAUAUGAUGGUGUUUGUGGUGAUGGAGGUAAUCUGCUCUGGCCCCAUCCCAAUGAGGCGUGGUGAUGAAGCUUACAGCAGGCUUUCUUCGCUGAACCGCUGGAUGUCCAAGUGGUGUGCAGAAAAUCAUGUGGGCUUUAUAGAUAACUGGCUACACUUUGAGGGCAAGCCUGGUCUUUUAGGUAGGGAUGGUGUCCACCCCAUGCGGGAGGGUGCUGCCUUACUUUCAUGCAGCAUAGCUCAUAGUCUUUUAGUUAGUCGGCAGAGUAGUAUUAGAAGCUGCUGACAAUCCAGAGCCGGGACCAGGCCGCAGACAGAGAGGCUUAACCGACCGUCUGCGAGCUACAAAGAGACGUUACCUAGAUACCAAUGUAUUCAGACUGUGUCUGUCCCCCGAGUCAAACAAAAACAUCAAAAAACUAAAACAGUAAAUCUAAAUAACUUAACUUAUAUUAAACAAUCGUAUCCAGACUGUAGUACUAACAUUUCAAACCUAAAGAUUGGUUUACUUAAUAUCAGAUCUCUAAAUUCAAAAGCAGUUCUAGUGAAUGAAAUGAUAACUGAUCAGAAAUUCGAUGUUCUGUGUCUGACAGAAACCUGGAUUAGGCCAAAUGAAUAUGUAGCAUUAAAUGAAGCCGCCCCUGCAGGCUAUAAUUAUAUACACAAUCCGAGAUUGUCCGGUAGAGGAGGUGGGGUCUGCAUAUUUUUCCGAAGUACCUUAGUUAGCAAUCAGAAACACUAUGAUAAUUUUACUUCUUUUGAGCUUCUUUACACCAGUAUAAUUAAUCCAGUUACAAAAAAGAAUGCAUUUUCUUUAAUUAAUAUCUACAGACCACCAGGGACCUAUAUAGAAUUUUUAAAAGAAUUUAGUGAUUUUGUCACAGAUUUAGCAGUAAGUAAUGAUAAAGUGAUUAUAGUUGGAGACUUCAACAUUCAUUUCGAAAAGUUGGAUGAUCCAUUAAAAAAGGCAUUCACAUCGAUUUUAGACUCAGUUGGUAUUAUUCAAAAUAUAACAGGACCUACUCAUUACUGUAAUCAUACUCUGGAUUUAGUUUUGACCCUGGGUGUGAGCAUAGAUAACCUGAAUAUUCGUUCUCAAACCUCCGCAAUUUCAGAUCAUUACCUUAUUUCAUUUAAACUACAUCUUAGUCAUAAUAUACCUACAACCCAUAGCUACUCUAUAAAACGUUCAAUUACGCCUUUUACAGCCCAACAAUUUACAGAUAAGCUUCCCGAUUUAUCAACUCUAAUGUAUUCUCCUAUAGACCCAGUAGAACUAGACAAACUAACCAAAGGUUUAGAAAAUACCUUUCGCUCUACCGUAGAUGUUGUAGCACCCCUUAAACAUAAAAUAGAGAGACAGAAAAAGCUCGCACCGUGGUACAAUGAUCAAACUCGUAACUUAAAGCAGAUGAAGGUGUUUGCGGAGAUGUGAUGAUGGUGUUUGCAGUGAUCUGAUGAAGGUGUUUGCAGUGAUCUGAGAAAGGUGUUUGCAGUGAUCUGAUGAAGGUGUUUGCAGUGAUCUGAGAAAGGUGUUUGCAGUGAUCUGAUGAAGGUGUUUGCAGUGAUCUGAUGAAGGUGUUUGCAGUGAUCUGAGAAAGGUGUUUGCAGUGAUCUGAUGAAGGUGUUUGCAUUGAUCUGAGAAAGGUGUUUGCAUUGAUCUGAGAAAGGUGUUUGCAGUGAUCUGAGAAAGGUGUUUGCAGUGAUCUGAGAAAGGUGUUUGCAGUGAUCUGAUGAAGGUGUUUGCAGUGAUCUGAGAAAGGUGUUUGCAUUGAUCUGAGAAAGGUGUUUGCAGUGAUCUGAGAAAGGUGUUUGCAGUGAUCUGAUGAAGGUGUUUGCAGUGAUCUGAGAAAGGUGUUUGCAGUGAUCUGAUGAAGGUGUUUGCAGUGAUCUGAGAAAGGUGUUUGCAGUGAUCUGAUGAAGGUGUUUGCAGUGAUCUGAGAAAGGUGUUUGCAGUGAUCUGAUGAAGGUGUUUGCAGUGAUGUGCUGAAGGUGUUUGCAGUAAUCUGAUGGAAGUGUUUGCGGAAAUGUGAUGAAGGUGUUUGCAGUGAUGUGAUGAAGGUGUUUGCGGUGAUUUGAUUGGAGACCUGUGUAGCCCGUGGAUUGGAGCCAGGGGGCGGAGCAGUGCUCUAUAUAAAGGCAGCCGUGGGCCGGACUGAGGGACCUCCUACUCCUCACGGGUUGUGUGUGAGUGUGUGAGAGCGAGUGUGUAUGUUGUCGGUGAGAGCAGUUCAUCUCAGGACCAUGGAGAGCUCAGGACUUCUCUCUGCACUCCUCUUCAUCACGCUCUUCAUCUUUAUCUGCAGCGGCCAGCUCUCACCCGACCAGUCUGCAGAGGAGGGCAGAAACCCCGACAUCACCGCCAAGAAAGAACUGAUUGAAGCCAUGGAAGAACUUCUGGGAAGAUUUCAGGACAACCUUCCAUCAACAGAGAAGCGGGCCAUCCCCAAGUGUUUGGUUGGAUCUCGCUGUGCGAUGCGGCUGGGUCCACGCUGGGGUCCGCUGUGUGAAUGCAGUCGAGGGACCUACUGUAACUCCAUCCUGCUGAAGUGCAUCUGAAGCCUUGGCAGACGCUCUGAUAGAGGAUCUGUUCAGAGGAACGUUCCAGCAGGACAGGCUUUUCUUACCAUGUAGCACCGAAACUUCUGACCGUGCAUUAUAAUUAUAAUUGGUGUUGGGAUUUUAUUUAGCUGUGUAAUGCAAAAACAUAAAACUGUAUAUAUAAGUAGUUAAUUAAUUAAAUAUAUGGAUUCCUGUUAGAGAACUGUACUGUUCUAUACAGUUCUUCAGGCUGAGGUUGUGUUUUAGAGUUUAGAGAUUAUUAUGGUGAUUAUAGUCCAGCAGCUUGACAGCUGGAGCAAUUCUUAAAAAAUAGUGAAUGGCAUGCAAUAAAUAAAAAAACACUUUUCACAGUAAAGCCCUCA